AUGUUGGUGUUUAAUUUAAAGCCUCCCCCACCGGGGGGCGCGGCGCCUUUAAGGGCGGAGGGGGGGUGUGGUCACGUGAUUUGCCGUACCGGAAGAAGAAUGGCGGCGCCGGUGCUGGGCGCGCUGCUGCUGCUGGGGGCGGCGGCGGCGGUGGUCGGCGGACGGAAGGUGUCGAUGCAGUACAACCCCGGCUGGAACGGUUCCUCGGUCAACCUGCUCCACGUGCGGGCGGCGGGGCGCAGCGACACGUUGCACUACGUGUGGAGCAGCAUCGGGGCCCCGGCCGUGCUCCUGGUGGCCACGCGCAGCCCCAGCAGCGCUCUGGCCAUCGACUGGGGCCGCCUGCUGUCCCCCACCCCCGCCGGCGCUGUGUGGAUCGAACCCCCCAGCAGCGUCGUGUACGCGGCCGCCGUCGUCUUCACCAAGCUGUUUGAGUACAGCAAGGCCGACGCGAUGGAGGAGAACUUCUACCCCACCUACGACCUGUCGGACUUCUCCUGGGACAGCAUCAACCGCACCAUGAACCACACCGCCCUGACGGCCGAACUUCGGGGCGUCCCCGCCUCCGACCCCAGCGGCAGCUUCUCCAACGGCAGCUUGGCGUUCCGGGUGACGGCUUACGAGAGCGGCGGGCGCGACCAGGCCCUGCCCGGCCUCCUGCACACGGCCAACAGCUCCAAGGUGGAGUUCGUCCUGGCCGGGGCGGCCCCGCGGGGCAACGGCUCGCGCUUUGCGCUGGAGGUGACCGCGGUGGAGGAGAAAGGAACGGCGUCCGGGCUGCGCUCGCUGCGCUCCAUCGACGACGAGUACACCCCCACCAUCUUCGAGACGCUCUCCCUGGUCGCCGAGUCGCGGAACGACGGCUCCGUGCUCGGCUUCCUGCAGUGGAAGGCGACGGCGUACGGCUCGCGGCGCCCGACGCGCGGGGACGGGAUCCGGUGCCGGGCCGGGGAGCUGCGCGCUGCCAGCGGGACCUGGCCCCGCUCCGCCGUGGUCCGCGCGUACUUUGGGGAAGGGGUGGGCAGCGACUACGGCGUCAGCGCCGUCAACGUCUCCUUCGGGGGGGAGGACGGCGGCGUCUACCAGGAGAAGCGCUACCUGAGCUGGUCGGCGCUGCUGGGCUUCGGGCCGCCGCCUGAGGACGCCUUCUCCCCCCUCGUCAUCUCCAUCGUGGCCGUGGCGCUGGGCACCCCGCCGCUCCUGCUCCUGCUGGGCGCUGCCGUGCUGCUGUGUGCCCGGAGGAGACGCUACAGCGAGUACGAGCCCAUCAACUGAGCUGCUGCUCCUCGUCCUGGGGCAGCGAGCACGGCUGCCGUGCGAAACGCAGCACUGCCGACUCCUGUCUGUCUUCACUUCUUCGGGAGGGGGGGGGGACAGGGCAAGGUGGGCAGCAGGCCCCCUCCCCACGCUGCGCAUCGCUGGGCCACGCUCCGUCCUGCUGCCCGGGCUGCGGGCGGUGCUUCCCCUCCUUCCCUGCUGCACAGCACCAGGGGCUGGCGGGGCAGCGUGGCCGCGUUCUCGCCGUCUUCUUCCUCCUGGGGGACGGCUCCUCGUGCUGCCCGGCCUCAGUGAGGGCUGCUGCUACGAGGGGAGCUCUGCUCUGCACCGCGGCGGCUGCUCCGGCUCCGGUCCGUCCUGGUGGGAGCCGGCAGGAGACCCCGAGUCGCGGCGCUGCUGCCCCUUGUGCAGCCGUGGCCGGUGUCCAAGCGCAGCGGCGCUGCCGCGUUUCCGCAUCCUCAACCCCUGGCUCGUCUUUGACCAAAUAAAAGGGAUUUCUAAGA